AUGAGGUUAGCGUUAGCCCUGGACGAAUUGCAAUGCGGACCUGAAUUUAAUCAAAUAAACUUUUUAUAUAAACAGGUGGCUGCUUGUAAAACUACCCAGUGUAGACGGGGAAACAAAAUGCCUUCUACAAAGCAAGGUGGUAAUAAAACAAUGGCGCUUAUAGUAAUCGUCGAAGAAAGAGCUCCAGAAGAAAAGCUGGAAGACAUCUUUGGGAGAUUUAUUGGAAUCCUCAUAAAGAGGAUAAAAGUCUCAAAUGGUCAAAUAAUCAAGGUCAGGUCGAAAAUACAGUCGAAAAUCAUAUUUAUAAAGGCCUGUUCUGAUUAUCCCCCAAAACCUACGGAUCUUCCGUAG